AUGUCUAACUCAAGCGAACCCGACGAAUCACAAUUAGUUGACCAGUUGUUCAAAGACGUCGAAGCAAAACUGAAACUUGACGAUGGCAAUGUUGCUACAGUCUCAUCUGCUCUAAGCACAACCACUGCAGCCGAUCUACCAUCGCCGAAUUCUGAAGUUUCAACUGUUCAAAGAUGUUAUCCUCAGUAUGCACGGGAUGCGAAUGCCAGGCAGCAGCUUAUUACAUUCUGUUGUCAUUAUUACCGAGGUAACACAAAAGAACAGAGACAUAUUGAUGAAUCUGAGCGCGAUUAUACAGCGGCAAAUGCAAUUCAUUGGUAUACAAAGCAAAGUUUUCUCUACAGACUAGUUAACAAAGCUCUAAGAACAGAGGAUAUUGAACAACUGCAUAUAUUUCGUUUUUUCAUUGCCAAUCUAUCUUUGGCUCUGGCUGAUAUACAACGACAAAGUCAACAACAAUCAACACCUUAUUGCAUAUUUCUUUCUCGUGGAGCAAAAUUGGAAGCAGAAGAAUUGAAUAUGUUGAAAGAAAAUCAAGACCAGUUGAUUUCACUGAAUGGUUUUUAUCCACAAGUCAGUCUGAUGAAUAUUGGAAGUAUCCACCGUGAUAUGGGAGAACUAGACAAGGCUUUAACCUAUCUAGAAGACGCAUUGAAAAUGCAGGUAAAACUAUAUGGAAAACUUGGCGAACCGUUCCAAUUUCAAGAAACUUUGAGUUCCAUCGAUGCACUUAUCGCUGCACAAAAAAAACGUUCGUAUGAAAGAUAUCGUGACAAGAAACAGGAAAACAGACUGGCAAAACAGAAGCGUGCUGAGGAAUUAGGCAAACGUUUGGUUAAAUAUACACAGCCAUAUACUCCACGGAUGGCGUGUGCGGAUACGGACUCGUCAGACUAA